AUGGUGAAUAUACCAGUUGCACCUGUUGGUCCUGAGACUGACGGAGUCUUCGUUCAGCAAUUGGCGCCUAUCGCCAACAAUUUAGUUGGGUCCUUUUUUGUCGGCCUCAUACCAUUACUAUUAGUGUUGGUUCUUUUGGGCAUAUUUAAAUUACCUGCACACUAUGCAUCAUUAGCAGGAUUAAUUGUAUGUAUUUUCAUUGCAAUCUUUGGUUGGCAUAUGCCAGCACAACAAGCCUUCGAAUCCAUCGGCAAUGGUAUUGUCUUUGCGAAUUGGCCCAUUAUGUGGAUCGUUGUGAACGCUAUGUUUAUCUAUAAUACAGCUGUUCAUUCAGGCAUUUUUGAUUAUUUUCGUCGAUGGAUUUUAGCUUACACUCCACCAGACAAAAGAAUCAUUUUGCUUAUCAUCGGAUAUAGUUUCGGCGCGCUUUUAGAAGGUGUUGCUGGAUUUGGUACGCCUGGAGCAAUAUGCUCCUCAUUGAUGGUCUCUGUAGGCUUUGACCCAAUUGAUGCCUUGACUUACACCUUAAUUUUUGACACCACACCAGUCGCCUUUGGUGCUUUAGGUAUUCCUGUGACUACGUUAGCAUCUAUUACAGGCUUGCCCGUUAUGAAACUAUCUGCAAUGAUGGGUCGGCAAUUACCUUUGCUUAGUCUGUUUCUCCCUUGCUAUGCAUUGUUGUUUUAUGCAGGUCCAAGGGCUGGAUUACUGGAGUGUUGGCCAGCAGGCCUUGUUGCAGGUCUAUCCUUUGCAGUUAUUCAGGGAAUUUUCGCUAAUCUCGUAGGCCCAGAGCUUCCUGAUCUCAUUGCAGGUAUUAUUUCUUUGGUAUCCCUUAUUGCAUUUGUACAAUUUUGGAAGCCAAAGUAUCGACCGGAAUAUCACGCACGUAUGGUUGCAGUCGAUACGAAACAUUCAGAUGAAGAGAAUAAUAUCAGUCAUCGCAGCAGUAGUAACAGAAGUGUGAGUGAUGGUAAUGCAUCCUAUAUGAGUCAUACGAAAGAAAAGCAGCAAGUAGAAGAGGUAGCAGAAAUACAGGAUCCUGAUGGAACACAUGCAGCAGUAGGCAGUAACAAUGAUAGAGAGAUAGAAGGAACAACAGAGCAGCUCCUAAUAGAUAAGCUCACAAUAAGGGAAAUGCUUUUGGCUUGGAGUCCUUGGGUUCUUAUUGUAGUUGUCGUCAUCAUCUGGACAUUUGCCAAAGUUCCUAGUUACGGCAGAACGCCUGUCAAAUGGCCACAUUUGCAUCAAGAGGUCUAUCUAACCCUCUAUCAAAAGCGUUAUGACGCAAUAUGGACGUUCGAGCCACUUGCGACAGGUACAGCAAUUUUGAUAUCAGCUAUCCCUUUUUGUGGUCUUGUUUUAUGGAACGGUUCACAUCCUCGUGUGUUCUUGGCAGCAUUCCGUCAAACCGCGAUACAAGUCUUUUUCCCUAUCGUUACUGUUUCGUUCAUUAUGGCUUUUGCCUAUCUAUAUAAUUACUCGGGUAUCGCUUAUACAAUCGGUUUGACCUUAUCUUCAGUAGGAAGAGCCUUCCCCUUUUUAUCUGCUUGGUUGGGUUGGUUCGCAUGCUUUCUAUCAGGCAGUGAUACAUCUGCUAACUCCCUGUUUGGUAAUCUACAAGUGGUGGCAGCUCGACAAAUUGGUCUAUCAGAAAUUUUGAUGGCUAGCACUAACUCCAGUGGCGCCAUCUGCUCAAAAAUGAUCUCCCCUCAGAAUUUGACUACAGGUGUAUCCACAAUCGGUUUACAAGGACAAGAAGGCCGAGUACUCCGUAAGACAAUUUUACAUUCCAUCUUUUUGGUUUGUAUUGUGGGCGCUAUGGCUUGCGUUCAACAAUAUGGAAUCCCCGGCAUUAUUCCGCCUUAA